AUGGUGGAUCACUCGCGGGGCCCGAAGAGCGAGAGCGAGAGCCGAACGUUUGAAGAGCGGAUGCGAGCUGAAGAUCUGCUUUGCGACGAUGCUGAUGCAGAUCGCUUCGAGCUUUUUGAACUUCUGCUGCACGCCUUUGGUGUGCAGCAGGGCGUGAUUGGAGAGGUACGCGACCGAUUUGCACCCACUACAGCUCUAUCCCUCAGCCCCUAG